UUUGCAUGGGGAUUCCUGGUAGCGCGUGGGACAACGUUCCGGAAGUGACCAAUCAGAGCGCGGUGUAGCGAUGACGCCCUGGGAUUCCGCGAAAUUGUUUCUUUUGAGAAAGAGAACAGCGAAAACACUGCGGCGGCGCGCGCUCACAAGUUUUGACGCAGUUAUGAAGAAAACUAGCAAGGCAAAGGCACGACUCUGGGAAUUGCCCGACACACGACUGGAAAUUGUACAAGAGUCGUACAAAACAGUUCUUUUUGACGAAAACAGAAAGAGUUCUAUAUUCCACAGAUAAUCACAGACGCGCGUGCGGUGGACACCACGUUUCCUCGAGCCCACUUCUCUGAUAAACGAGUUGCACAAGAAGGAGAAGAAAAGCUACAUUUGUGUUCUGGUUUUCUUUUUCUUCCGGACAUCUUCUAACUUGUUGCCAUUUAGUUGCCUGGUCUCGAAAGCAGCCUCCAGAUAAUCAUGACGGAUGUGAAUGUUGCCGCGACGCGCGCUUUGUCCUCCACGGAGGGAGCGGAUGUGGAGGCGGAGAUGGAGAGUCAGGAGAGCCGCACGCUGCUCAUGGUGGCUAUGAUCCUGCUGGACUUGAACCGAUGCGGUGGAGUCUGUUCUAAGGGCUCCGUAGAAAGCGCCGCAAAUGGUCAAUCCGGCGUGUUGGAGAAGCGCCGAACGGCUGCGAGCGAGCGGCGGGGACGCAGCCGGCAAAACGCCGUGAAGAAGCACCGAUGCCCCUAUGCUGGAUGUGGCAAAAUCUACGGAAAGUCAUCACACCUGAAAGCACACUGCCGUGUACACACUGGUGAGAGACCAUUUGAGUGCACAUGGCCCAGCUGCAUCAAGCGUUUCUCCAGAUCAGAUGAGCUGACUCGCCACUUCCGUACACAUACAGGAGAGAAGCGCUUUGCCUGUCCCCUCUGCACCAAGUGCUUCAUGCGCAGCGACCACCUGACCAAGCAUGCGCGCCGCCAUGACGGCUUCCAUCCCAGCAUGCUCUGCAAUUCCAACAGCCGAAGACGCCGCUCUUCAGCCUCAACCUCAUCCUCUGGCUCCGGAGAUGCUGAGUGAUGUUCAGAACUUUUUUAAAAACAACUUACUGAUCGGUGUAGGAUCUGCACACCCUUCUGAUGUGUACAAUGCCAGACUUUUUGUACCUGUCUCUAGUCUGAGCUUUCAGGUUAUCCAUAUGCGUCAGGUGAAUAAAUGCUUAAGCUCUUUCACACACGUAAUCUGCUAAACUGAUAGCAGUGAAGUGUAGGUAUAUGUUAGGUGACGGGUUGAUGAGCGCAGUGGCAGAAGUGUAGGUGUGUGCUGAUAUAAAAUCUAGUCACCUAAACUAUUAUCAUGGUUUACAAUAAUUGUGAUGGAUAAGCAUUAAAAAAAAAACUAUGUGUUCUAAAUAUCAGAAUUUUUCACGUAAAACCAAAACGGACCAAUUCUUGUAAAAUUCAAGAAUGAAGCCAGGUUUACUAUCACUGUAUACUAAAGAACUCAUUGAUUAUCAGCACAUGACUACUUCCAUGUCAAAUGCAAGGAAUCAGUUACAGUGGAUUUUAUGUGUUUUUUUUUUGUUGUUGUUCAUAGAAAAUAUUGAUCAGUCAGUAAAUGCGUGGAAAGAAGAAAAAACAAAAGUACACAAUUCCCCUAAGACCACUUCUAUUUAAUCAACUAGUAUAUUUGUUUCUUUAGUUUUGACUGGAGCGUCAAAUCUAAUGUAGGUAACAAGUCUUCCUCAAACCCCCUCCCGUUUUUUGCUGCCUGAUGCCAUUUAGGACACUGUGGUGCUCACUGCAACCUAUAAACAUUAACAACACCUCACAGUAUAGUUGAACAUUGUAUCAUGGAGGUGGCCAGUCUGGAAAACCAGAAUCACUUCCAUUUUCUUGGAUUAUUUUUGUGCUUCCUCUUGACCUUGCCUCCUAAAAAUGAUAAAUUAUUGUUCUGAGCACCGAAUUAAUCAAAUGUCUGACAAAGCAAAGCAAAUCGUUUCUUAUAUUCUUUAGUUGAGUUUUUCCAUGAACGGUCAGCUCUAUAAACGUUUAAGAUGGUAAAUUAAUAGACACAUCAUGAUUCUGUGUGAAUAGUAUAAGCUAAUGGCUAAUUGUUAGCUAAAUCUGAUGACUACUUAUAGGUGGAAAAGUCACAAAACUGCAUUGCAUUAACUGGCAUUCAUUGUUAUUAGAAUAAGUAAAACUAUUUGUGUAGCAGACUAUGUGGAUCCAAUAAUUGUGCCAUUUUAUUACAAAAGUCUUGCCCUUAGGCAGGUAUGACGUCAUUCAUAUCAUAUGCUGUUCAUCUGUAUCAUUUUCAGACUGUAAAAUAAUGUGUGUUUAUGUAUUAGUUCCACACCCAGAUUCCUCUUUCUCUUUUCAGUGAUGUUGUUUCUACUGGGGAAUGUGUGGGAUCUUUUUUACACUGUUUCUAUCUUGUUUUUAAUAAUACAUAAUAUAUUGAGCUGUAAUUUAAUACUGCCUUUAAAGUGCCCUUAUUGGCUUGUAGAAAAUUCCCCACCAUAAGCCAUUUUAAGUGUUGAUAUUUGCCUUUGUUGGUGUAAGCAUGACUAUAUAACUUGAUUAGCAGAACUUACAAAGAAAGUAUCAGAAAUAUGGUGAAUAUAGACAUUAAAUGUAAGCAUGAACACUAAAAUGCUUCAUAAUUAAUAUAUAAAAGAUAGCUAUGUCUGGUAGCUAGUUGGCUAGUUAGGAAGUAAAGCAGUUUCUUUAAGCACAAGUUGGGUGUGUUUAAAGGAAAUUGCACAGUUGAAAGGAAAUCAAAUCUGAAAGGAAACAAAAACUGACAUGACUCCAUGUUAUUAUGUCCAGUAACAGUAACUGCUAGCUUGCAAGUUGAUACGAUUCUGCUAAAAGAGGACAAAGUUUAAUUUAACAAACUGUAAAACUCCCCUAAAGCAGGUUCACUUUGUAAUGUUAGUAAUUGCAAAUUAAGUAGACAAUGGCUUCUUUAAAAUCAUACAGAAGCGAAAGGUCAGUCCAGUCCUAGCCGCUAGCUGCUAGGAAACAUCAUUUUCUGGUUUAUUGAGUGGAAAGGAAAAGGAUACUUAUUUUAUUUGUUUAUAUUUUUGGAUUCUAGUAAGACUGAUGUUGCACAAAACAACUUCAUUUACAUAAUUUACUUGAAAUAUUCAAUGCUGUGACUUUGAUAUAAAAGCAGCCACCAGGUGAAUGACAACAGUACUAACGACUAAUAUUAGUGUGUUUAGUUAGUGCUUUAAUAUAGGCUCCCACUUCUGUACACGUUUUAAAGAAACAGACGUAUAUUUCUAUAUGUUCGAAUUUUAAUGUUCUGUUUAUGGUUCUGAAAUUUUGAGAAUGUAAAAAUACUGCUUCCUUUCUGACAUUGUAUUAACUUCAUUGUAAUGAAUGUAGAAUGGACUGACCUAACCACUGACAGACGCUUUGUGGUUUUGUUUUCGCACAUCUACCACAUCUGUAUACGUGACAAUAAUAUGGAAAGCUUUUUCAUUUUGCUGUAUUAUUUUCAACAGAAUGUCAUUUUUUCUGAUAAUAUAAAAAUUAAACAUAUUAAAAGAUGA